AUGGCCAGUUUUGGCAAAUUGACGAACGCUAUCAUGCAUAUAGCCCAGGAAAACACAGCAGCACUGGUCAAUAUCAAUCUGGAUUUCUCCAUGCUCAGAUUCGAAGCUCCCCCGGAAUUUAUGGGGUUGUGCUCGAGCCUCUCGCCAAAGCGCAAAGCUGAAGCAGAGGACGGCAUGAUACACAGCACAGCUCGGAAACUACUCGCCCUUUUUGCAUCAGAAAUUCCCGUUGUCCCUGAGUUAGUUGAAGCAUAUGGGAAGAGAGCCAGUGAGAUAGCGACAUCAGAAAAGACGGUUGUUUCCAAGGAAAGUGCUAACGGGGCUUUUGCGGACUACAUUGGUGCAGAUGGUACAAGUAUUUUGGCUGCGGCGACUUCCGGCGAUGGGGCUGUGACGAUGCACUUACUUGCAUGCCUGCUGGCCCGCAUGUGGAAAAGGACACAAGCAGUCUCCAUCUGGCAGGAGCUUGUUCAGCAAAGGAAAUCCAUCCUGAGUCAAAAGGUGGCUUCAUCUACGAUGCUACACGCGAACGAACUAGCUGCGUCUAUGAUCCAUAUUGAGAGAAAACAGCUGGAUGAAUGGGACGCCAGUGCAAGGGCGUGGCUUCAAUAUGCAGACAGUGUCAAGAAAGUCGAGCAAACGAAUUUGAGACUGGUGAUCGAUGGGGCGAAUCUGCCAGUAUCCCGAGAUAAAGAGCUAUAUUCCUCCGUGAUGGCAGUCUGGAAGCAUGCGAUGAAGGCAAUGAAUGAUUUGAUCCUCGGACGUCCUCAACGUAUCAAUGAUGGCGACGUAAUGUUAGGUCUUCUUUCCUGGCACCUCUAUCCAGACAUGACUGUCUUAGGGGUGGGAACUCGGACUUACCAUGUGCCUCAGCAGGACGGAUUGAUCGCACCUGGAGGGAUGAUUACAGUAGGCAUGGGGCGCAGGGAAGGAUGUCCAGACGAGGCCAUCUAUUGGUCUCUUCCACUCGCCCAUAUGCGAUUCUACGGGAACGCGGUCAACGCAGAGCGUCGCCAUGGCUUAAAAGAUUCUCAAGUCUCCUAUGCAGACUUCCGUUAUGUUAUACUUGGGAGUGUGCUGUCUUCGUGGGAUAUUGAGAAGAAUGAUCUCGAUCUUGCGAUGCAGUUUAUCAUUCUGCUUGGUGAUUCUAUGAUUACCAACAGACCUCCCCAAAGAGUGGCGGAAGCUAAACGCCAGUUGAAUUGGUUAGUUUCAUUGGCAGAGUGUUGUAAGAGUUUCCAACGAGCGAGCGAGUUCGAGAAGAAGCACGGAAUGGCUCUCAUCAUGUUUGGCAUUCGCCGUUGUCCAAAGUUUUUGGCAAACCAUGAGAAUCAUCCGCUUCCUCUCUUCGGCCUAACAAACACGAAGUGGCUUAUGGAUCUGGUCAACUUCCCUACCACCGAUGUGACACAGCGCCGAAUUGACUUUCUCAGAUGGUGGGCUCAUAACCAUCCAGACAGAUCCAGCCUCAAGGGGAGUGUCAUUCGAUACAGACCUAUGCGGCAUGUUGCUGAAGAACCAAGCAUCACACUAGCUGGAUUCCUUUGCACUUCUGUAUUCAUCACCAGCAAGCAAUCUGGACACAAAAGACGUCGAAUCGAGAACUUCACCUUUGGCAAUCAAGGACACCGAAUCUGGGCAGCUGACAACGAGUACAAAUCCCUCGAACAAGCUAGUGCUUUCGAUUAUCUGGAAUCUGCAGAGAUGAAUGGCACAUUCUUAGACCCUUCAUCGCUUCGAACAGUACCUGGGCUCCGAGAGCACGGCACAGUCAAGCUCCCACCAGAUCAAAACAUGUGCGAACAGGAGUACGAGUUUGUGUGUGGCGAUGAACUCAGGGCUGCUCUUUACCGGCCUGUCAAACACGAUAAACCUCAACUCUCGCGGAACACAAUAACGCUUGCUGGGCUUCUUCAACUCCACAAAGACGGAUUCGUCAAGGUGCCAAGACUGACUCGACGGUUACAACUUCAGGCAGCCCUCCAUGACCACUUCUACAGAAGUCUGGAGGCUUUGAGUUCUGUAGAAGAGAUAUACGACGGUUUACCUGGGGCCUGUAUCGAUUUGCGAGUAACAUCGCAACCCGCACCGGAGUCACAUUGGUCCGCUCUUUUCCGAAAACCUGAACGUAAAACGCCACCUCCAAGUCCAAUAACUCGCGCCUUCACUGUUGUGGCGUUCUUUGAGACUGGAGAGAUCCAGCUAGAGCCGCACAAGUUGGAAGGAGUACUAGCACUAUCACACAACAACUCAAUAUUUGUGGCAUCGCAAAUGUUGGAAGAUCCCACAAAACUCAGUUCGAAGCACCUCAUCACGCGAUUGACAGGCAAUAUCGGUAGGCCUGGAUUCGCGCUAUUGAUACCGCCGAACGACCCUCGUAUGCAGAAAUAUGAUUUCAACAAGUACGUUGUGGAGUACGAGCCCUUCAAUGGGGAUCUUGUGGACAGUUUCUCGGCCACGUCUCUUCAUCUGUCUCUUACCGGAUAUGAGCUUCCACUAGACGUCGAACCCCGCGGUAACCGUGACUCGGAAGCAUACUUCGUCGAAACGAACGUCUCUGUGUACGAUGGUGGCGAAUGGGUGGGAGACGUUGACAUUAUGAAGGCGCAGAGAACAUGGCUGCGUUUUGGAAACUGCCAUCACAAUGCCGAGCAACGGAAGCAGAAGAACCAUCUUCCAAAUAACAUGCAGGCCGUCGAUAGCUGGAGAGCCUUUCUAGACGCACCAGUUGGAGCUGGUGUUCUUCGUGCUUUUGGAAAUCCAAUGGCCCGACUUGCAGCGGCGACUUUGGCGGUGCAGAAGGGUUACAACUUCCACAUCCUAGGGCCAGAUCCUUGCUGGAAAUGCGUACAGCCCGAUGUAUUUCCACGCCAGCCAAGCUACAUUGGUUCUCAGAGAGGUCUUCAGGGGUAUUUCUCUAGCUCAGAACAUGCCUCCGAAGAGGCCAGUGAUAUUGAUACUGGAAAGGAGGCCGACAAGGUUGCAAACGAUUGCAGUGAUGAAUCUGGCUUUGAUAGUUCGGACGAAGAUGACUUGGAAAAACGACCUGAGGGCCUCUACAGUGCGGAUAUCGGAGACGCUCCAGCAGAUUAUGACGCCCAGGAGCUGUUCCCAGAUCUAGAACCCAUCUCCGAGACUGACGAAAUGCCAACCAACGUUCUCGGAACAGAUUUUGCUGUAGACGUCAUCUUCAUCUGUUAA